CGCCCGGGCCCCGCCCCUCCCAGGUUCCACUUCCGCCCAGGGAAGGCCCGCUUCCGGUGGCUCUGCGGCAUGGCUGCGCGGCGGCCCCUGCGAGUGCUGUGCCUGGCGGGCUUCCGGCAGAGCGAGCGGGGCUUCCGCGAGAAGACCGGAGCGCUGAGAAAGGCGCUGCGGGGCCGCGCAGAGCUCGUGUGCCUCAGCGGGCCGCACCCGGUCCCCGAGGCAGCAGCUCCCGAGGGCGCCGGGCCAGACUCCGGGCCCUGUGCUCCGGAGGAUCAGCCUCGAGGCUGGUGGUUUUCUGAACAGGAAGCAGAUGUUUUCUCCGCGCUGGAAGAGCCUACAGCAUGCAGGGGUUUGGAGGCGGCCCUGGAUACGGUGGCACAGGCCCUGAACACGCUGGGACCUUUUGACGGACUUCUUGGCUUCAGCCAGGGGGCUGCACUAGCAGCUUUUGUGUGUGCCCUGAGUCAGGCAGGCGAUCCCCGCUUCCCCUUGCCGCGAUUUACCAUACUUGUGUCGGGGUUCUGUCCCCGAGGCCGUGGCUUUAAGGAAUCCACCCCGCAGAGCCCCUUGUCACUGCCUUCGCUUCAUGUUUUUGGGGACACUGAUCGAGUGAUCCCUUCUCAGGAGAGUGUGCAGUUGGCUAGCCAUUUCCUUGACGCCGUCACCCUCACCCACUCUGGCGGUCACUUCAUUCCAGCAGCUGCAGCCCAGCGUCAGGCAUACCUCAAGUUCUUGGACCAGUUUUCAGAGUGAAGGAUCAACAAAUGUCUCUGCACUGCGCCCACUUGCUCUUGCAGCCAGUUGUCUAAUGCCUUCCGGUUGUUAAGCUAGUGGACUCUCCACUGUGGCACUCUUACCGUGGCUAGUUGAAAGACAACUAUCAGUUCUCAGGACUCACAUAAACCCUGUCCUUUACUGGAGCAAAGAGGAACAGGCAGCCUUAAUAGACGUCAUUUAUGAUAAACAUGAGAAAGAAGGCCGGAAAGCCCAUGAGAGGAAAGUGAUGUGCAAGCAGGGGCCGGCACCCUUGCGAUUGGCCCACAAUAAAGUGGUUUAAGAUUCUGA